CUUCACUUCGCAUCCUAGUUUUCUUUUGCUUCCAUUUUGUUUGUUUUUCUUUCCUUUUAUCCUUCAGUCCUUCCCUUUUAAUAUCAGCUAUAGGCUCAAUUUUCUGGUUGAAUUUCUUCGUUCUUGUGAUUCUCUGACUUAUCUUCCCGUCACGCCACUCCAGGAGCCCUGCCAUUUCUACACUCAGGUUUUCAAGGAGUCAUCAAGGUUGAGUUCGAGGAAGCAGGGACAGUCAUUUGGCAGGAGACUCUCGCAGGAUUCCGUUGCGGGCGGCAUCUUGCCCAUUGGCCUCCGACGCCUGAUGAGCCGCCCUUAGUUCACGGUCUGACACGCUGCCGCGCUGUGGCUUCGUCUCGCACCUCGCUUCGAGCUCGGAUCGAUUGAUUACUACAUGGCACUCUAAAAUACCGGCAAUUUGACAAUACGUCUCUGUGUGUGGUGUCAAUAAAUGAUGCUCUCAUACGCAUUUGACCGUCCCGAGAAUCCUCGAUAUUCCUGCGUCAUCGCGCGUUAUCACCUCAUCGGUUGAUUUCUGCUCUCUCAUCUUCGAUCAUGCUCUCCAUGAUGGUCCAUCCCGAGGAUACUAUACGAGAACCUCGUUCCUACCAUGUCGAAACAGGCGAUGAUGACGCCCCCGUCGGACCGUCCGAAUCCACUCUACGUUCCCAUCCAACCAUUGAUCUACUGCCCGACCAUGAAGAGGGAUUUACGCAAGCAACUGAGUUGACCAGGGACAAUAUAGGAGAUCAACACUUACUGCCCAGGGCACUCACACAAGAGGAGACUAUCGAACUUGUUCGUAGGACAGUUGAAAUUGGAUUUCAAGAGACCCAACGCUCUUUGGCCGGGAACGAGGCUGUCAGUGAUGUGGUAAAGCCAAAGUUGACCAUUGAUCUGGGGUAUUCCAACAUAGUCCGUAUACCUGAGGCGGUAGUAGAUAUUAUCAAGGACGAGGUCGAGAGGCUCUCUUUGUCGAACAACCGCAUAUUCCAUAUUCCUUAUCGGUUUUCAGAAUGCUGCCAUCUUCGUUAUUUGAACAUACGCGCGAACAAUUUCCGCGAAUUUCCCAGAGGGGUAUACAAAUUGCCGUUACUUGAAAUAUUGGAUAUCAGUCGAAAUAAAAUCACCAAAUUGCCCGAUGAAAUCAAUAGACUGUCGUCUUUGCGUGUUUUAUCUGUUGUACAGAAUCGCCUUGAUGAUCUCCCGCUUGGCAUUUCCGACAUGAACAAACUUCAAAUAUUGAAGGUUGCAGGAAAUCCCUUGAGACGCCCUUUGCGACGGGUUCUGGAGGCUGUAGAAGCUGAAAUGACUCCGUCAGUGGCAGAUAAGGAGAAGGAAAUCGCGGCGACGGCGGAGCUGAAAAGGUUUCUCAAAACUCAGCAGCCGAUCCCACCCUUAGAUAUUGAUGCAGGAAGUGAUCCAGGAGAUAUCGUGCUGGAUACUCCCAGGCCCGUCAAACGCGGACUAAACAGUCGCUUCCCCGUGAUCCCAAGUAUUGGUGACGGUUCUUCUGAUUCGAGAUCGUUCUCUCUAUAUCGCCCUCCCCCGAUUCCCGUAAGAUCCCAUUAUCGCAUUGCUUCUGGUCAAGGAGUCCCAUUUCACCGUCCUGGUUUCAACUCUUCUGGGGCAAAUGAGCGCAUUCGGAGCAACAGUGAGGGCAUUAUUCAGGCCUCUAUUGCUGCGCGAAAUAAGCGAAUGGGAGCUAUCAAUCGGAAGAACGCAGAUCUAAAUACGUUGAACGAAUUUCGGCCUUAUAGGAAUAGUCAUUUGCGUGGUCUGAGCCAUGGCUCUGUGCUGAGACCACGGCCAUCUGGUCUUUCUAACCCCUCUGGCCCUAGUAGUCCCAUGGAACGCCGUCGUUUGAGGGACGGAUUUGUAAACCGGAUGUCAAGCUUGCCAGAACAUAGAGAAAGAGAAGUUCGUGAGCCUAUCAUUGAGGGUGCUAAAGCGAUUUUAUUCGCCCUUUUUCAAAUCCAGUUCCAUAUCUCGAUGUUGAUAAAUGUGAUCAAGCAAGACGACUCUCGACGAAACAGCCUCGAGCUCGUGUUCUACAAUGCUUCUACUCAUGUGGAUAGGCUCAAUGAAGCUCUCGAGAAUGCAGGGAAUGCUACAUCAGACGACGGCGACGCAGCGAGAUUAUCAAGAGAGGUUGUCAAACAAGAGUGUCAGACAUGCAUUAUGGCAUAUAUGCAUGUUGGCACACAGCUGCGUAAUGCCCUGGAGAAGAUAGUAGCUAACGGCGACUCACGCUACAUACGGUCUCUUAUGUUGAUGAUGUACGGGAGUGCGGUUGAACUGCGGAACGCUUGCACGAGUCUUGGUAUUGCAUUGACAGGCGAUAAGCGACAUUCUAUACAGAAGCCGCAUAAACCACAGAUUAACCAAGAGACAUUUGGCACGGAUCGAAUUCCCGAACAGAUGUCCCCUUCUAGAGAGCUACCCACGCAGUCGCGUCGGCAGCGAAGUGAAACCGUGAUCAGGCACCCCCCUCCUCAGGCUAGUGGACCACAAACAUCAAGUCAGGAAGCUUCGCCGAGUCUAACCCCUCCAUCUUUCGGGCAAGAUGGACGUAGUCGGUCGAACAGCAGGUCAGUCCCGGCUUACACGCCGGCAGUGCCCUCGCCACUCGCAACCCCCCAUUCCCAAGAAUUCUUUCUCCCGACACCAAACUCUGUUGUCUCUCGCAUAAACCCGUUGACUGGGUUGGAAGAAAUCGAGGAGGAACGAAUUUUUGAGAAGAUUUUUUACCAACUGACCCAAGCGUACAAUGCUGCCCUUCAAGCUUUGCCCAUGGCCUGUCGCCAAUUCGCAAGAUGUCUGGAGAUGUCAGAGCAGUCACGAGAAUCAGAAGGGGUACAAUUACUCUGGAACAAUCUCAUACGCCGAUGCCGCAUAUGCUUGGAGUUGUCGGAGGCACUUGGGCACCGCAUUUCAAACAUGAAGGUAAAAGAACCCGGUGGUGGCAUGCGAAAUCAGCGGGAGUUUUGGCAACUCUGCAAGGCCUUCAUGCAGUCGUUUGUAGAUCUUGCAACCGACAUGCGGGAUGUGAAGAACAUGCACAUCCUGCCUUCUGAAAUAAUUGUCGUCCUUCGGCCGGUUCAGAGGGCAUGCAGAGAGGCCGGAAGAUUGAUAGAGGCAUCCCCUUGGUCGUAUGUCGCAGACAUGGUUACCUCGACGCAGCCUCCGGCCAACAUAUACGGCCCGCCCUUAUCGGCGCAGCAUUUGCAUCAUUAUCCAUCCGUGUCUACCUCCACAUUUGUGUCCCACGGCGGCUCUUUUUCGCCUGCUUCUGGCAUGUCUCUCCCUGCGACCCCCUUGAGCGCUGCCCUCGGUCCUGCUGCGCAGGCAACCGUGCCAUCCACGCCGGCAAGCGCUUAUAGCGAUAAGUUCUUUGAAGGAGACGUCUUCCAAAGAGCUGAGUCUUUACUUUCAAUGCCGAAUCAAGCACCUUUCUUCUCUCGGAGAUGA